AUGGUAGACCGUAACGUCACACCAGUGAUGCAGCCACUCCGUCGCUCCCCGCUAGCCCUACGUGAUGACAUCACAGCUGAGCUGCAGCGUCUGCUAGAUGAGGACAUAAUUGAGCAGGUGAAUGCCUCACCAUGGAUAUCUAAUUUAGUUGUGGCAAAGAAAAAGAGUGGGGGCCUGCGCAUCUGUGUAGACCUGAGGUCCGUGAACAGGGCCAUAAUACCCGACUGCUACCCCUUGCCAACAACUGAGGAGCUCACCGCCCAGUUUUAUGGGUCUACAGUCUUUUCCAAACUGGACCUGCGCCAGGGCUACCUCCAGGUGCCUUUACACCCAGAUAGCCGCAACCUGACUGCGUUCAUUGCGCAUAAAGGGGCUUUUCGCUACAAACGCAUGGCUUUUGGCCUUAGUUCAGCUCCAAGCUGUUUUCAGAAAAUAAUGGCCUCCAUCCUGGCUGGGAUUUCAGGCGUGGCUGUAUUUUUGGAUGACAUAGUAGUCCAUGGCUCCACCACUGCGGUGCAUGAUGAAUGGCUCCAGAGAGUUUUCGCAGCAUUAGCUAAACACCACCUCACACUUAAUGGAGAAAAGUGUGUCUUCGGGGCCUCGACUAUCGAGUAUGUGGGGUUCCGCCUCUCUGCUGAGGGCAUAAGCCCGCUCCUCUCUAACACAGAGGCCAUCCAGCAAGUCCCAGAGCCCACGUCACCAGCUCAGAUUGCUUCUUUCCUGGGAAUGACGGCGUACUAUCUCAGGUUUGUGCCGCAGUACUGCGAGACGACUGCGCCGCUGCACAGACUAUUGAAACACAAUGAGCCCUGGGUCUUGGCACCAGCUUGUUCUGAUGCCGUGCAACGCCUGAAGAUGCAGCUCACAACACCACCGGUCCUGGCACAUUUCGACCUAGCCAGCCCCACUCUGGUCACAUGCAACGCCUCAGCCAUAGCCAUUGGUGCUGUGCUGUCCCAGGUCCAGGGAGGUACAGAAAGGCCUGUCGCUUUCGCCUCCCGAGCCCUCACCCCUACAGAACAACGCUACUCUGUGGGGGAACGAGAAGCGCUGGCGUGCCUGUGGGCCUGUGAGCGCUGGCACAUGUAUUUGUAUGGCCGCGAAUUCACACUGAGGACUGAUCAUCAGGCACUCACUGCCCUUCUGGCCACAUCAGGCACUGGCCACAGGCCACUACGGUUGCACCGUUGGGCUGACCGCUUACUGCAAUACAACUACCGCCUGCAGUUUACGCCUGGACGUGACAACGUGGUAGCAGACCUGCUGUCCCGGUCAGUCCCCGCCCCGCCCACAUCUCAGGUCUUAGUCCCUGGCCGCGAGCAAGCAGAAAAUGACAUCAUACAGCUGCUCCAUACACCACUCCAGGAAACUGUGUCGCUGCGUGAGCUGCAGGAUGCCUCAGCAGCCGACCCUGUCCUUUCCUCAGUAUCAACAUACAUCAGGCAAGGCUGGCCAAAAACGGUGCCGGAUGAGCUAACACCCUACUUCAGGAUCCGGGAGCAGCUUGCAUGCUGGAAUGACACCUGUGUUGCCAGGGGGCUCUGUACUGUGGUCCCAAGUUCCCUGCGUGCGCGUGUCCUUGCUAUGGCGCACGAGGGCCACUUGGGCAUAGUCAGGCUCAAACAACGAUGUCGGGACACAGUGUGGUGGCCUGGGAUCGACAGGGACAUUGAGACCCUGGUCAAGGACUGCACCGCCUGUCUCCUCAGUGGCAAGACCAGGGCCCCAGCCCCGCCGCCACCCAUGCAACCUUUGACCUGGCCGUCCAAACCCUGGGAGCAUCUACAGCUCGAUGUCUGUGGUGAGCUGCAUGGCGUGCCACACCAUCAGCGUUUUCUGGUUGUGAUCUACGACCUUCACUCUAAGUGGCCAGAGGUGACACCAGCCGGCUCAGUGACAGCCAAAGUGCUAAUUGACAUUCUGGACUCUUUAUUUGCCCGUUGGGGUUUGCCCAAGAAAAUCACCACUGAUAAUGGGCCUCAAAUGGUUUCAUGUGAACUGACCUCCUACCUGAAAGAGAAAGGGAUUCACCAUAUCCGCACAGCUUUCUAUAACCCCUCUGCCAAUGGGGGGGUGGAACGGCUGAAUCAGUCUCUGAAGAACGGAAUCAGGGUUCACCUUGCUCAAGGGUGCACAUUCAGCGCCAGCCUACUGCAGACAUUGUUACAUUAUCGUGCCACCCCACACGCCACAACUGGAGUCUCUCCUGCUUCCCUCAUGCUGGGACGAGAGCUCCAGUUGCCUCUGGAUAGACUUCGCCCUGCCCUGGCCCAGACUCCAGCUCACCCGAUCCAAGAAAAGGUGGAUGCACGUCAGAACCAGAUGAAGACUCGGUUUGACGGGAGACGGCGAGCUCGGUCUCCUACCAUCGCAGUCCAUGACUGGGUCAGGAUUCGCCGACCACUACGCGAGAAUAAAUUGCAGUCUUUCUGGUCACAUCCUGUCCAGGUCAGCCAACGACUCGGCCCAGCUACUUACAGCCUUACAGAUGGCACCCGCUGGCAUUCCAGCCACCUGCGCAGGGUCCAGGCUCCUGUUGGGCUUAGUGAAAGUAUGGCCCCUGUAACAGCCACAUCAGCCCCACAGGAUGGCCCCUGGACAGAUCCCAGCACAAACCCGGAUGGCCCCACACCUCCAGUCCAGCCUGGAGCCAUAGCCCCUGAACUCACGACCCCUGAGCCUGCCACUGAACCAGAGGGUCGUCCAGCUCGGGCGCAUGCACGGCCUGGACGCUUCGAUGACUUUGAGGCAGUCUUUCACACUUAG